GGCAUUAGAGUGAAUAAAUCUUCUAGAAGAACUUCCAAUUCGAGAGUCGAAGCUUUGGAAUAUUCCUGUCCUGUCCUGUCCUGUUCUAUCCUGUUCUCCAGUAGCUUCGAGCCCCUGACCCCGACCGACCGACAACUUUCAAAUUUUGAUGUGGUAGAUCUGUUGGGUUAGUCUCUCCUCUCUUCGUUUCCCCCUUGGAACGAAAGAAAUAAAGUCCCUGGUCAGUAGCUGGCUAGCUUCCCAACUUUUUGGCUUGUGAAGAUUUGAUUUGAUUUGAUUUGAUUUUAAUUUGGUUUCUGGAAGGUUUCUAUUUUUUUUUCCUUUUCUUCUUCCUGUUGGCCCAUCUCUCUCGAGUGUUUGGAUUGAUUUCGAUUUCACCCCGCGGACCACUGCACUCUAGACACCAUCAUUCACACAACACACGAGAGAAUAUCGAUGAUGAGCAAUUGACCACGAAUUGACGGCUCACAUUCCAUCAUCGCACAAGACAUCGCCCAUUACACCAUUCCCGCAUACCGUCGGCCUCUUCCGCAGCUCAUUCAUUCAGCCUGAUAUCUCAUCUCAUCUCACUACUCUUCCCGCUAAAAAACCCACAUAUAUAAUACCUAACCUCACCCCAAGGUCGCGAGGGUCGGAAGCGCAUUCCACCCACCACGAUUGAAAAUUCACGGAAAGAUUGAUAAGUUGCUGGCGGUGAACACGGCGUCGGCGAUUGGUUAUCGAGAGGAAGACGGGGAAUUGCCAUUGCCGGUUACGACGCCCAAGACGCCCAAGGAGAGGGGAAUGGGGCUGGGUAUGGCGCCGAAUAGGAAAGAGGCAGCGCAUGAAUGCGUGUCGGAAGAAGCACUCGUGCAUUUGAAAUCGUACAAAUAUUCGAGUGUGGACAAGAGUUUAAUUUCGAAUUAUAUUUUGAAGCAUUAUUGGAAUGGCUUCGUCGAAUUAUUGCCAUUAUGGUUGGCACCAAAUAUGGUCACAUUAUUGGGAUUCUUUUUCAUUCUGAGUAAUGUUAUUUGCCUGGAGAUUUUCAUGCCGGAUUUGGUGGGACCUGGACCAUCAUGGUUAUAUUACAGUUUCGCCUUCGGAUUAUGGAUGUAUUCAACAAUGGACAAUGUAGAUGGAAAGCAAGCUCGAAGAACAGGAACAUCCAGCGGUCUUGGUGAACUCUUUGACCACGGAAUCGAUUCUCUCAAUUGCACACUUGCAUCUCUAUGCGAAACAGCUGCUAUGGGCCUGGGUACAUCCAGAGCUGGAAUCUUUACCGCAUUGAUUCCUUGUUUACCUAUGUUCUUUUCAACCUGGGAAACAUACCAUACACAUACUUUAUACUUGGGAAUUUUCAAUGGACCAACUGAGGGAUUAAUCUUGGCUUGCACGAUUAUGAUCUUGAGUGGUUAUUAUGGACCCGAGAUUUGGACACAUCGAAUAACGGAUUUAGUUGGCCACCAUUAUUUCCUCGGAUAUCAUGAAUUCUUUGGUUCAUAUUCCGUUAGAGAUUUAUGGGUCCCUAUUCUCGUUGUCUCAUUAUUCGGUAUUCAUGUUCCUUUCUGCGUUAUAAACGUAAUUAAAGCCAGAAGAAGAGAUAACUUGCCUGUCUUGCCGGUUUUCCUCGAAUGGACUCCUAUGGCCGUUUUUACUUUCAGUAUUGGAGCUUGGCUUUUCUCUCCAUAUUCAACACUUAUGGAAGAAAACCGCUUGGUACUUUUCUGUCUCACAAUGAGUUUUGUCUUUGGAAGAAUGACGACGAAAAUCAUUCUGGCACAUCUCACAAGACAACCAUUUCCUUACUGGACAGUCAUGCUUACGCCACUUGUUGGUGGUGCCAUUCUUGGUAAUCUACCUCGAUUUGGUUUACCAGCUGUUAGUGUAGGAGUGGAAUUAUGGUAUUUGAGAGCAUACUUCAUUUUUGCUUUAGUGGUUUACUUUAGAUGGGCUUGGUUAGUGGUUACGAGUAUUUGUGAAUACUUGGGGAUUAAUUGUUUGACAAUUCCGGAACAGAAGUUGGAGGAGAUCUAUAGGAAUCAAGAAAUGGAGAAGAGGUUAGAGAAGAGAGGGUUGGAGAUUAAUGGGAAGAGAACCCCAAGUGGAAGUGGAACGAAGAGUCCAAUUGGAGUGCCAAAUGGAAAGAGAGUUGAUUAGAGGAGUUGAGACGUUGAGAUGCAUAGAGUACAUUGUUGAUGUAUUUGAGAAGCCAUUGGAAUGAUAGAAAUGAUGGUAGAUCGUAUGUAUUUCAUGGGUAUAGCUAGGGACACGUAGAGAUUUAUUUCACUCGUGGGUAUGGUCGGUACGGGUAGAUAAUGGAUGGAUGGAUGGGUGAUGAUGAGUAACGAAUGGAUGGGUCUCUCGGACUUGACUUGAGGUCAAACAAAAAAAGGAAUGAGUUCAUGUAUGGAUGGGAUGCAUAUAGAUAUUUUAAUACCGAAAAUUCUGAAGGGGGAGGAAGAGAGUACGGGAUGGAGGGAGGAAGAGAGGUUAUUAAGCAUUUGCAUGGCGUUGCGAACCCUUUGAGGGUGAAGCGAAUAAGUAACUUUCUUGAUAUUCUGGUUGCAUACUGGUGGAUUUUCAUUUGAUUGGAUUCGAAGAGAUUAGAUGAAUGAAUGAACGGAUGGAUGGGAGGAGGGAGAGGGGUAGGAAGGAAGUGAUUAGUGACUUCGUACUUGGUCCAUAUAAACUUGUUAAUAAUACCUUUUUUUUUCUCCCAGCAAAUUUUGAUUGCA